AUGUACUGGCUGUGCCCAUCGCAUGCGCCCAGCGCGGCUGUGGCUGGGCGCAUCGUGUACGGGUGGUGGGACCACGAAGCGCUGCUAUGCGUCGCGUACCACAGCCAGUUGACAUUUUAUGCGUUGGUGGGCGCGGCGCCAUUUUCGCGAGUGGCCGAGGUGCCGCUUCGUGCGCGCAUUCUUGCCGUGGAAGUGUCGCACGGCCAGGCGGACGUGCUCUACGUCUUGACGGAUCAUCCGCACCCGCGGCUCGUGGCGUUUCGUCCUGGCGACGCGUAUGGCGUGCGAACGGUGCGAGUGUGGCCACUGGACCAGCCACUUCGACCCGCGUCUGACAUAGGCGUGACGCUGGCCUUGGAGAAGGCGCAUGGACGCUCGUCUGGCCGUUGGGUCCUGACGCACACACACACGGGCUAUGUGCAUCUUGCGAAGCUCGGCACAGACAUCGCCUUUCACGCCCGGCUGACGCAUGCGACGCUCGUCCAUGCGACGUUUUUGGAGCGGACAUCGGCCCAUGCACCGGUGAUGCUCGCAUGCCUGAGUAUUUCGUCGUCACUGUACACGAAGGAUACGCCUGUGCUCACUUUUCACACGAUUCAUACGUCGCGCCGUGCGCUCGAGCAGGUGCCAUGGGCGCCGAUGUCGUCCAAGCCGCAUGACCGCAAGGUGCCUCGACUCGAUGUGCCCGGUACAUGGCAUGUCCCUGUUCGAGAUCGAGACGUGAUGAGUGCACACUACGUACUCGCCAUGCCAGCCGCGGCGGGCGGCGGUGUCCUGCUGUUUUGCAGUCAUGCCAUCUACCUCGUGCCUCGGCCCCAGCCUCCCCGGCCCAGCCCACCAUUGUCAUCCGCAUUGCGUCGCGUCGACCUGGACCGGCCCGUGUAUGUCAUGUCGGCCACGUACCUGCCGAUGCACCAUGAUCGGGUGCGUGUGUUAUUCGGCACGGAAGACGGCCGCGUCAAGCUUCUGCAGGUGGUGCGGCGCACUUCUUGGGAUCAGGCAGACUUGCAUGUCAUGGAUCUCGGCAUGGCGCCCGUCGCCACAGCUCCGCAGGGCGUAUCGUCCCUCGCUGAAGACUACGUGUUCCUCGCCAGCAACACGGGUGACUCACUCGUGUGGCACGUUCAGGAUGAUGUGAAGGAAGUAUAUCGGUGGCCGAGCCUGGCGCCUAUUAUCGAUUUCGUCAAGGACGACGCGAGCUUCGUCGACCGCGUCAUCACUGCGAGUGGCGCAGGACCUACAGCGAGUAUCCGCGCUGUGACCCGCAGGGCGCGCACACGAUGCCUACUAUCGAAGCCGAUGGUGCUGCUGGAUGUACGCGCACUAGAUCCUCAUACCACCCUUCUCGUGCAUCCAUCGCACAGCGCUAUUGUCCGCGAUGCCCGCCUCAUUGGCACGCUGCAUGAGCAGAUUGUGCAUGCAUCGCAAGAUCUUGUGGUGACCGAGUCAGGCAUGUACACGUACGACCCCAAGCGCACGCUCUGGGAAGCACCUGCUCCGGUGCUGGCAUGCUCUCGGAGCGACCACCUCAUCGUCGUGGGCCUCGCUACCUUGGCGCUCAUGGUGCUAUCUCGCUUGGAUGAUGGUCGCUGGACGGUCGUGCAUACCCUACAUACCCACGCGCCCGUCUCGAGCCUGGACAUCGCCGACGUCCUUGUCGCUAGCUUCUGGGAUCGAUCUCUCUGCCUGUAUUCUGUGCCUGACAUGAAGCUGCUAGCUCAUCACACCACAUCUUCCCUCGUCUGCUCGGCGCUGUGGCACCGAUUUGUGCCAGAUGGACCUGCGUAUCUCGUGCUGGGCUGCAACGACGGGCAUAUCCUCGUGCACGAUGCUCACUAUACCUCGAUACACUCGCGCCGUAUGGGCACGCAUCCUGUGCGUCUCGCGCGCGUCCCUCUUUCUGCGCUAGACUCGCCCAUGACAGGCGUCGUGGCUUUUGGCCGGCAUGCCUACUUUUUAUAUCUCAAAGAGUCCGUCUUGUGCGGCAGUGCGUGGUCUGUCGACCACGUCACCGGCCUAGCAUGCACGGCAUCCACACCCACGCUAGAGCUGGCGUGCGCUACAAAGCACGGCCUCGAGGUGCAUGUCAUUGAUGCUCUUGAUCAAAUCGAUAUCCAGACCAAGGCCAUGCCUCAACCCGUCACCACGCUUCAGUCCAUGGACUCGCACCUCGUGGUGACGACGUGCCUGGCAGAGUCAGAGAGCGGUACGCUGCGCGUUCUCGCUCCAGACACGCUGGAAGAUGUGUGCGCGCUUCCACUCGACGCGAGACCGACGUGCGCCUGCAUCGCCGAGCUGCACGACUCUCUGUAUGUGGUGGUGGGCCUGGCUGCAGGCGCCUCCGACGGCAAGAUCGCCGCGUACCUCUGGUCGGAUGGAAAGCUACACGCUGCCUGGUCGAAGCAUGUGGGAGAUCAUGUGUGUGCCCUAACUACCGUGUCGGGCUACGUUGCGGCGGCCAUCGGGCACGAGGUCCACACCUAUGCCAUGGAGCCGCACGCAUUGACAUUUCGGCGUCCGUGGGACUGUGCCUUUGUGUCCUCCUGCCUUGCAUCACAAGGCUCGACACUCGUGGUUGGAGACGCGAUGCACUCUCUCACUGUGCUCACGGUCGCCGAGGACGGCCGCCUAUCUGAAUCAGCACGCGAUUUGCAUCCGUACUGGACAUCGGCCGUAUGCGUUUUGGACGAGGAGCAGCAGCGGUAUCUGGGCACGGAUGUGGCCAUGAAUCUGUUUGUCGCAGAGCGUGCCAAGGGUACAGAGCCGGAGAGUCCGUGGAGUCAUGUUAUGCGCCAUGCAGCCGCAUGCCAUGUCGAUGACCUGGUAAAUGCCAUACACACGCUCCCAGGCGGUCGCGUGAUGUAUGCCACGGCCUCGGGCGCGCUUGGCACGUUGGUCCAUGUACCUGAGCCGGUGGCGCGUGUGCUUUUGUGUGUGCAGGAUGCUAUGAUCGAAGUCGUACCUGCCCCGGGCGAUAUCCCCUGGGAGUCGUGGCGCACAUCUCGCACAGACACUCGAACCGAGCCACCGCACCAUAUCCUCGAUGCUGACGUUUUGCGCUUUUUCGUAUCGGAUCCGAGCGUGCGCUCUCCGUGCCUGGAUAAGGCAGGCUCGCUAGCUCAGGCUCGAGACAUUCCCAUGGCCGAGAUGGCAAAAGAGCGCAUUUUGCAAACGCUUCAUGCUUUGCUAUCUUGA